AUGUCCCUAGACACCGUAUUCUGGAUGGCAUCUUGCACAAAGCUCAUUACCAGCAUCGCCUGUAUGCAGAUGGUCGAACAGAGCAAGCUAGACCUCGAUAAUGUGGAACAAAUCGAGUCCCUAGCUCCUGAGCUGAAGGCCGUCCAGGUGCUGGAACGUGAUUCCGAUGGCGGGUUUCGUUUAGUACCCAAAGAAAGAGGAAUCACGUUGCGAAUGCUUUUGAAUCAUACCUCCGGCUUUGGUUACGCAUUCGAAGACCUGAACCUGAAUGACUGGUCUCACCCAGUCGGCUUAGAUGACUUUUCUGGCAAUGAGGCAGACGUGCUCCAUCGACCGCUUGUCAACCAGCCAGGAACUAAGUUCCAGUACGGAGUCGGCAUGGACUGGGCUGGGGUUCUCGUGGAGCGCGUUACGGGAAUGUCGCUGGAAGAGUAUUUCCAGCGGUUCAUCCUACGACCGAUAGGGAUUCAAUCUAUCACAUUUUUCCCUUCGCCAAAAAUGGUCGCCGAUCUCGCAUAUAUGCACCAAAGAGCACAAGAUGGCUCAUUGAGUGUUACUGAUCACCUCUAUAGAUAUCCCCUUCUGGCACGAAAACCGGAAGAUCAGGGAAAAGGCUUCUGCAUGGGCGGUGCAGGGUGCUUUGGAAAACCAGUUGAACUCUGUCAGCUUAUAACGGUCUUAUUGAACGAUGGAACACAUCCUAAAACUGGGGUUCGACUUCUCAAACCAGAAACAGUAACAGAAAUGUUUACGGACCAAAUUCCUGACAAACCACGAUACUGCAACGAGUAUACACCAUCCGCCAAACCGCUCCUUGCCAAUCCGUGUCCUCUGGUCCCUUGUGCAGAUGACCUGACGGAGGGUUGGGGACUGUCAUUUUCGCUAAGCCACCAGAAAAGCGGCACUGGUAGAGCUGCAGGAGCAGGCUCCUGGGAAGGUCUCGCCAAUCUGUUCUGGUUUGCUGACUGUCAGAAUGGGGUUGGUGCGAUCAUUGCCUCACAGAUUCUUCCUUAUGGCGACCUGAAAGUUCUUGACACCAUGGAAACUGUCGAGAAAGUGAUGUACCAAGAUCUGUUGCACGAUUCAUAA